AUGGCCAUUAUUCAGUCCUUCCUCGAGAUGACCAACUUUGCCAGUCCCCUCGCGCGGAAUGUCUGGCCAUGCAUCAUGGUCGCCUACGCGAUACAGAUUCUUGUCGCAAUCCCGUCAGUCAUCUACAAGUCCGACCGCUUCUUCGACGCCUCGGGACUGUCGACGUUCCUCAUCGUCACCCUCCUCAGCCUCUACUUUCCUGCCAUCAGGGCUAUGUAUGGGGCGGAAAACCUUGGUCAAGUUGCCGAUACCAUCAAGGAGGGUGUUGAGAAAGUCACCGGAACUGAGCCUGGAUGGGGAGGCCUCUUGAUGGCACCCUUCAAGAGAUCCAGCAUUGUUCAGGACAUCGCUGCUGGCACCCCUCUCGCGAUUGAUUAUAACUGGAGACAGCUUGCCCUGAGCGGUGCCGUUGUUAUUUGGGCUGUGAGACUGGGUGUUUAUCUCUUCCGCCGUAUCCUCCGCGAAGGUCAUGACCACCGAUUCACCAAGAUCCGCAUCAACCCGCGCCGCUACCUCAGGGCCUUUAUCGGCCAGGCUACCUGGGUCACCUUUUGCAUGCUGCCCAUUAUUGCCAUCAACGCAAUUCCCUCCGGCGUUCCUUCUGUUCAAGAGCCCAAGCUUGCGGACUUCUUCGGAUUUGGGUUGUGGGUCGUCGGCUUCGUGCUGGAAGUCGUUGCCGACUACCAGAAGAGCAAGUGGCAGCAGGAGAAACAGGACAAGAUUCACGACGAGAAGUUCCUGACCAGUGGCUUGUGGUCUGAGUGCCAAUUCCCAAACUACUUUGGCGAGUCCAUGCUCUGGGUAGGCAUCGCUACCGUUACUCUCAAUAUUCUUCUUCAGGGAGACGCUCGGAAGUCUCUGUCUGCCGCCAAUUCCUCUCCUAUGAGUAUCAUUUCAGUCGUGUUCUUCUGCACAGUCGGCCCUGCGUUUGUCACUUUUUUGAUGCUGAAGGUCACUGGUGUGCCUUAUGCUGAGAGGAAGUACAACAAGUUGUAUGGCGAGGACAGGAAGUACAAGAAGUGGAAGACGGAGACACCCAAGUUCUUCCCUAUUCCGUCUAAGUACUUCUGA